CGGUAGAUCUGGGGGCGAAGGGGAGAGAGGGAAGAGUGGACACUGACAGGACAGGAAGCAUGCAGUACAUAAAGACCAAGCUUCGUCGUCUCGAAAGAAGCUUUUCUGUCAUUCCUUAGCUGCAUCAUUAUCUCCAUCAUCCUGACUCGACAUUGCAAUCUCUUUGCAUUUCUUCUCCCGUCUUCCCGGAAACCCUUUCCCAAGAGAAACACUCGACAAGAACACUACCUACCAAGACGACACAUCUCGACACAGCGACAAGCAAGAUGGAGCACGAUCACUCCGCCUCCGACAUUGAGAAGGAGGCCGUCACUGUGGCCCGGCCACAGGGCGAUGUCACCCGCGUUGAGGCUCCCGUUACCCUCAAGGCGUACAUGAUGUGCGUCUUUGCCGCUUUCGGCGGUAUCUUCUUCGGCUACGACUCAGGUUACAUCUCUGGUGUCAUGGGCAUGAAGUACUUUAUCGAAACCAUCAACGGACCCGGCGCCACCUUCCUGCCUUCCAAGGAAAAGUCGCUCAUCACCUCCAUUCUCUCUGCCGGUACCUUCUUUGGCGCCCUCAUGGGCGGUGAUCUCGCUGACUGGGUUGGUCGUCGUCCUACCAUCAUCUUCGGCUGCCUCGUCUUCAUCGUCGGUGUUGUUCUCCAGACUGCCUCCCAGAGCUUGGGUCUCAUCGUUGCCGGCCGUCUUGUCGCUGGUUUCGGUGUCGGUUUCGUCUCGGCCAUUAUCAUCCUGUACAUGUCUGAGAUCGCGCCCCGCAAGGUCCGCGGUGCCAUGGUGUCCGGCUACCAGUUCUGCAUCUGCCUGGGUCUGCUCGUGGCCUCGUGCGUUGACUACGGCACCCAGAACCGCCCCGACAGCGGCUCUUACAGAAUCCCGAUUGGUCUCCAGAUGGCCUGGGCCCUCAUUCUUGCUAUUGGUAUCUUCUUCCUUCCUGAAUCCCCUCGCUUCUUUGUUAAGAAGGGCAAGCUCGACAAAGCCGCCGGCGUGCUCUCCCGUCUGCGCGACCAGCCGCUCGAUUCCGACUACGUUAGGGAUGAACUUGCCGAGAUUGUUGCCAACCACGAAUUUGAAAUGACCGUCGUCCCCUACGGCAACUACUUCCAGCAGUGGGCCAACUGCUUCCGCGGCUCCAUCUGGCAGGGUGGUUCUUACCUCCGCCGCACCAUUCUCGGCACUUCGAUGCAGAUGAUGCAGCAGUGGACGGGAAUCAACUUUAUCUUUUACUUUGGCACCACCUUCUUCCAGCAGCUCGGCACCAUUGACGACCCCUUCCUGAUGUCUCUGGUCACUACUCUUGUCAACGUCUGCUCUACCCCCAUCUCCUUCUAUACUAUGGAGAAGCUCGGCCGUCGUACCCUCCUCAUCUGGGGCGCUCUCGGCAUGCUGAUCUGCGAGUUCAUCGUCGCCAUCGUUGGUACCUGCAAGCCGGAUGAUACCAUGGCCAUCAAGGCCAUGCUCGCCUUCAUCUGCAUCUACAUCUUCUUCUUUGCUACCACCUGGGGCCCUGCUUCCUGGGUCGUCAUCGGCGAGGUUUUCCCUCUUCCCAUUCGUGCCAAGGGUGUUGCCCUUUCCACCGCCUCCAACUGGCUCUGGAACUGCAUCAUCGCCGUCAUCACUCCCUACAUGGUCGACGAGGACAAGGGCAACCUGGGCCCCAAGGUGUUCUACAUCUGGGGUGGCCUCUGCACCUGCUGCUUCAUCUAUGCCUACCUGCUUGUGCCCGAGACCAAGGGCCUCACCCUCGAGCAGGUCGACCAAAUGCUUUCCGAGUCUACCCCCCGCACCUCGGCCAAGUGGAAGCCUCACACCACUUAUGCUGCUGAGAUGGGCAUGACCGAGAAGACUGUUGCUGGCCACGCUGAGAACCGCAGCGAUAGCGAGUAAAGAAAAGAAAGAAAACACAAAACCAGAAGAAAGAAAGAAAGAUGGAUGAAUGGAUGGAUGGACGAUACCCCGAUGUUUGCAUGGUUGAAGGAACCAUCACACUCACUGCAAAGUGGUGGGGAUGGGACGCAUAUCUUGCUUUUAAUUUUUUUUUAUUAUUUUUUUUUUGUUUUUUUGUCAAUUUGGUCAGCAUUUACGCUUUGCAUGAGCAGCAUGAGCAGCAU